AUGGCAUCUAUUCUACCCUAUAUUGGGUGGGCCAUUCUCCCCAAUUAUGCCACAAACAUUCUUCAGAGUGUCUAUUAUGGAAUUACUAUCAGAGCAGGCGAGCCUCGACCAUUACCCCAAACAACACGCUAUGAGCGUCACCGCCGCCGCAUCUUCCUCUUUGUCAUAGUCGCCUACCUCCUGUAUACCCUCUAUGAAACCUUCCACCAGGUCCAACUAGCAGGCGACUUUUAUCAAGUCCUUGGCGUAUCACCAUUUGCCGAUGAGCGCGCUAUCAAGUCCCGGUUCCGCCGUCUAGCAGCACAGCACCAUCCAGAUAAAGUAACAAUCGACAAUGGUUCAGAAGCCUACUUCAUGUUCCUUCGUCGCGCACAAGAAACACUUGUGGACCCAGUCAAGCGCUUCGCAUACGACCGAUUCGGUCCAGAUAUGCAAAAUUGGGGCGAGCAGAAGACGAUGCGAGACUUUGUUAUGCGAUCGUUGAUCAAGUCCGUGCUACCCCAGUAUGCGGGAGCUUUCGCAAUGAUGGUAGUCUGCAACUGGCUAUGGUGGGCGAAUUGGGGUCGCUACUGGCGCUUUUAUACCUUCGCUGCCAUGCUUACCCUCGAAAUAACCCUAAUCACUCAUCCUCAAGCCGUCUUCAUGCCAACAACUUACCUCCCCGACUCUAUUCAAGAUCUUCUCCCAACAAACUCCUACUACCUCCUCCCCUUCCAGAUCCUAACAUUGGCCCGUCGUGCCUCGAUCACUCUCCAUAUCUUUAUCUCUCAAGCUGCACCACAGAGCAGCCGCACUGCUGGCGGUAAUGGUGAUCGAAUCUCGCCACAGACUAUGCAACGUAUGGGUCAGCUAGUCGCUGCUUCGCGGUCAGCAGAUGUCGAGGCGACGCGCAUGAUGCAAAUGGGAUUGGCGCCGUUCCGAGGGGAUCGGGAGAGCGUUUCGGCUUUGAGGAGAGGAAUGAAGGAAGGGUUAAUCCUUGGUGGUGUGAGGACUAGUCCUGAAGUUCAGAAGGCUGUUGCAGAGGUUGUGGAGCGGCGCAAAGCUCAAAGAGAACAGAAGGUUGAGUAG